AUGGCAAGUGGUGCAGCAUCAUCUGGAGGAACUGCACCCUCGAAACAAAAGUCAAAGGCAUAUCUAUCAAGUGUCGCUAUCCAGAGUGAUGCCAUAAAAUACCGACAAAAGUACAAGGAGCUUAAGCGCAAAGUACAUGAGAUUGAACAGGAAAAUGAUAAGCUGCAGGCCUUGACAUUGCGUAUUAAAGGGAACAUUCAGCGACUGAGAUUAGAGCGCGCGAUUCUGUACGAACGACUCGAAGCUGAUGUGCGAAAUGUCCCAGUUGCAUCUUCACCUACGGGCGCACAAAACCAAGUUAGUUCUUCACCGUCCUCCAGCAACCAGGUCAAUGCGAGUAAGGAACAGGACGCUGAAAGCACGCACAAAGAAGUAGAUGAUAUGGGCGUCUCUGUUGAUAUUGAAGACACGCUUUGA